AUGCUCGAGGAUAUCGAGUUGCCGCGAGAUGAGGUAGUCAAGAUCGCUCUUAUUGAUAAAGGCGUAGACACAGAGGAUCCCGAUGUCAGGGCUAUUGAAAGAGGCCAAUCAUUUCACCGCGAUAGUAGAGAGUCAACAGAUGGCGCAGCAUGGGAUCCGGAGUUCCUCGAAUGGAACUCCCGGCCCCCGAUCCAUUGGAUACAUAUGGCAAUUUGUAUACAAAAAAUCUGCCCCAUGGCGAAGCUCUAUGUCGCGAGAAUGGACGAUUCGGACCCAGAAUCCCAAGAAUUCACGUUAGACUUGCAAUCAAGGUAUGCUGUGAAAUGGGCCCGAGAAAUGGGUGUCCACAUCAUCUCAAUGAGUUCGUCUUUUAAGGCUAAAACCGGAGGCUUCCGCAACGAAGAGUUAAACGAUUUUAGGACGGCGAUUUCGAGUGUCAAAGGUGAUAACAUCCUGUUAUUCGCCUCCCUCAAUGAUUCUCCGAACAUCUCCCCUGACGACUACUACCCAUGCGGCCUGGCCGAUGUGUUCAAGAUUGGCUCAGAAACCAAGUGGGGUGACAAAGCUGCCAAUAGUCUUAUCGGAGCCGACUUCAUACUUCCAGGAGACAACAUCGGUGUCGGUGGGAUGCAUAAAAUUAGCGGUAGCUCCAUUGCUACUGCGUUUGCUGUAGGGCUGGCUGGUCUGAUGCUCUUCACACUUGCUGCAUACAGGGACCCCAAAUACAGCGAAUAUCAAGAUAACGAUGAUACAAAAAGAGACGAAUUGCUGAAGAAUGCCCGGAUAAAGGAAGGCAUGAACAAGAUCUUCAACAUCCUCAGUGGGAAUAGACAGGGAAUUAAAAACCCAGAUCUCUGGUUGAGCUUGGAUGACAAAUUCCCCGACGAAGUGGACAAGACCGAUCCUGGCCCGUAUGUUAGGGACUUUGUGAGAGGCAUCUUCCCCAUGUAG